GGAAUUCCUCGCCAUCUCGUCUCGUUUUCUAUAAAAUUUCAAAUUCAUUCUUCAUGAAGCGUGUUAACUGGAACUGUUUUCAUUAAUCCGUGAGAAGCAAUUGAAGGAGGCGGACGUAGUUCGGAAGGUUUUCAAUUCAUCUCAACACGAUGUUCAGCAAGUUGAUCUUUUUGACGGCAGCAGCAGCAUGCUGGAUGACAAUGGUGUUUGGACAGGAAGGAAUCAAAACCUGGCGGAAAGGAGGAGGCCAAGUCGUUCAGAUGAUUAACUUCAACCAAACUAUCGUAGAAGAUCAACCAAGGGAAAACAUGAUGAUGGAGCUGCAGCGUGGCAACGAAUCGCAAAGUGCAUUGGACAAAUUCAUGAACAAAACUAAAAAUCUGAUCCCGACCGGAGUUUGCUUCGAAGAAGUUCCCACCGUAAGUCUGUUGAAACCGAACACCAAAGUUAUACCAGCCGGAAAUGGAUCGGAUCUAUCGCUGAGUCGAGUUCAGGUUUGCUGCAAGGGUUACGAACGUAACGUUCACAACUUCCGCAAGUGUGAUCCGGUGUGCGAUCAACCCUGCUUCAACGGUUUGUGCGUCGGACCGAAUACAUGCUCUUGCUAUCCGGAUUUUGUGAAAAACCACCAAGGAAAGUGUGUUCCAACUUGUCCGAUCGGAUGUGACAAUGGCGACUGUGAUCUGGCUCUCAAACUUUGCGUGUGCAAGAAUGGAUUCGAACUGGAUGAAACGCAUCAGUUUUGUGUUUACAAGUGCACCGGUGGUUGUGGAAAUGGCCGGUGCGUAGGCCCGGAGAAGUGCGAAUGUACGGAUGGUUAUGAACAGAACGAGAAAGGUAAAUGUGUUCCCCGUUGCGAAAAAGGAUGUGGUGCUGGAGAUUGCGUCGCCCCCGGAGUUUGCCAAUGUCGACCGGGAUAUGAGGAAAGUGAAAAUGGAUGUGAGCCCGUUUGCUCCGAUGGAUGCUUCAACGGAGUCUGCACGGCACCGGAAACAUGCACAUGCAAGCCAGGCUACAAACAGGGCAACUUCAGCAAUAACUGUGAACCGUCUUGCGAUGGGCCUUGUUUGAACGGCGUAUGUACGGGACCGAACACAUGCAGUUGCAAUCGGGGCUAUGUUCUGGACGAGAUCAAUCCACUGAAAUGUUUGCCUCAUUGUCCGAAUGGCUGCCCGAACGGAGUCUGCUCCGGACCAAAUAUGUGUCUGUGCAAUUCCGGCUACAUCAAGGAUCGCAGCCUGAAAGGAAGUCAAGCCUGUGUGAAACGUGUGUAGAGAGAUUCGAAAAGUUUUGCAACCAACGACGACCUAGCCAUGAUGUUAUGACGUGACUUGCGAAAUACAUAAAACGUUGAUAAGAGAAUCGUUUAACAGCGAAAAGGGCCAUCUGGAGAAAACUUCAACCAAGCGAAUAACUUCAACCAAGCGAAAGAGCGAUAGAUGCGGUCAUGAUAUCAACAAAUUGACAAAGCAAAAAUGCGGUUAUGCGGUGAUUGGAGGUUUUUCAAAUAAAUUUUGUUUAAUAUCGA